AUGGAUUCCAAUGCCAGAGGAGACUCAAAUGCAAAUAAAAGGAGGUCCAAGCCAGAAGAUUUGGAAUCAAUUCAACAGCCAUUGAUUCCAUCAAGUAUCAUAGAUCAAGCAUCACAGCGACUUUUUGUAGUAUCGUUUUUCGUGUUAAUACAAUGCUGGAAAAUAUAUGAUAUUAUCCUAUUAAAGUCUGAUAUAAUGUCCACCAGUGUUGUUGGUUUGGCGCCGUUGAACACUUUUACAUUUAUCGCUAAAUAUGCAAUGAUAGAUGGGCUCUUUCUAUGGUUACUUCCUAUACUAAAUAUUCCUUAUUUAGUGUAUUCACCGUUGAAAACAUUCUUGUUAACGUUAGCAUUAAAUGGAGUGACCUUUUUUCUAGCGAGUGAUACAAUGAUCCCAUUGAUUUCAAACAUGAUGUUACCAGUAUGGAAAAUAAUAUUUAGUAGAAAGGAGUUAACACUUUUUGGUGAUUCUGUGAAUUCUAACAACAUAGUUGAUCCCAAUGAGCAUUUUAGAGGGAGAUAUACAAUUCAAUUUUUACCAGACUCAUCUGCUAGAUUUAACCCAUUUCAUUUUGAUAAUAUUUGCUUGGAAUCUAAUCCGUAUUCAUCUAUUCAGAUGCCUAUAGAAUUUAACACUACAACGCAAUUAGGGUUUUUGCAAUUGCAACAUAUCACGCCUUCAAAUGAAAGGAAACUAAUAAAUUAUACAGAGUCAGAUUUACACAAGUUGUUGAAAAGGGACUAUUCUCAUUUGCGUCAGUAUCAAGAAAACAUUAAAAACGACGAUCGUAUUUUUUAUGCAGAAGUCCCUAUAAAAUCACCUGGUCUUUACAGAAUUAGUAAAGUGAGUGACAAGAAGGGAAUUAGUAUCAGAACUUUUAGAUCAGACUUCGUAAUAUCACAUUGUCCAAGUGCAGAAUUCGUUUAUUCAGUUUCACCAAAAUCUUAUCAGAAUUAUAAAUGUAUAGGAAACGAUCUUAGUAAUGGUGAUUUUGAUAUAAGCCUUCCACUAGUAAGCUCAUUUGGCGUUGGUCCUGUUGUGGUGAGUUUUGAAUCUAGAUUGAAUGGGAGAAAAUACAAGUCAUUUAAUGUGACUGUUAGUGAUACCGACUUGCAUGAAACGCAGAAUUUAAACACUAAGAAUUUCAAUGACUUGUCAUGGAUACAAUCUAAUAGAAUAACACGUAAUCUAUUAGAACAGGAAGUCUUUCGUAAUGUUGAUAUUAUACCGAAGCUGGAUGCAGGCAAAUUAGAGUUUCAAUUAUUAGAAGUAACGGAUAUUCUUGGGAACAAGAAAGUAUAUAAUCCUUCUUCAAAAGAUAAAGAUGUGUGGUAUUCCAUUGAAUUGAAACAAGCACCAAAAAUUGAAAUUGCUGAUCUAGACCCACAAGAGGUCUUAUUGGUGAAUGGUACUAAACUGUUAUCUUUCAUUCAUAAGAAUUUAAAAGAACAAGAUUUUCCACUUGAAAUUGAUAUCAAAUACAUAAACCCUAGUAAUCCAUUAUUAUCUACUAAUUACACUAAGGUUUUUGAGAAUCCUCAACAGUUAUCGAAAGGUAUUCAAUGUGAUAAACCCGGUAUCUAUAGUGUUAUUAAAGGUAAAUCAAGUUACUGCCCUUGUGACGUGCUGUCAAGCAAAUAUGUAUCGGUGGAAAUGGCAACUCCACCACUGGUUGAAAUAUUUGCCGAGCCUGUAGUUGACAAGUGUGUUGGAAUGACUGGAUAUAAAUUUGAUUUUAAACUUCUGGGGAAACCUCCAUUUUUUAUCCAAUACCAUGUUUAUCAAAAUAGGUCUGAUGGAACCUUGAGGCCCGUUUAUAAUGAGAGAGGACUCAGCAAUAGACUAUUGAAAACAUUUGAUAAGCAUUACAAGUUUGAAUAUAGACCACCAAAAGAGGGAAAUUAUGCUAUUAUGUUUGAUAGCCUCAAAGAUUUUAAUUACCAUAAGGAUCCAAUAUUUUUAGAUGAAAGGAAACAUACUUAUCUGACUUACUUUAAUCAAAGAUCUAAGGCAUCAUUUUUUGAGACCAAAGGUGAAAUUCAAAAGGUUUUCAGUUCUUGUAUGGGCAAGUCUGUGACAGUUCCAUUAUUCUUGAAAGGAAAUGCACCUUUUAGUUUCAAUUAUGACAUAAUUGACGUAAAUACUGGGGAAAAAUUGAUUAAAACAUCUCGAGUAUUUAAUGUUUCUGAUAGUACAUAUAACAUAGUUACACCUUCGCUUGCUACUGGUGGUAACUUUGAAGUGGUGUUAUCUGAAGCAAAAGACAGUCAAUCUUGUCCUAUGGAUUUUGACAAACGUGAAUCCAUAAAAAUUAAAGCCAGAUCAGAUAUACCUGAAAUAUCAAUUGAUACCGAUACAUCUUAUAAGAAUGUAAAGAUUGUUGAGGGAGAUUCAUACAAGAUUCCGUUGAAAUUAAAAUCAUCCAUAGGCAGUGCUUCAUCAGAUGUGUUAGAAUAUAUUGUUAGUGACUUGUACAAUGCUAGUAAUUCUCAGAAACGAAGCUUAAGAAAUACUAAGUCAUUGAUAGUAAAAGAAGAGGGAAUUUAUUCAUUGUCGUCUUUAACCAACGGUGGAUGUGUCGGUAAAAUUGCUGCUCAAAAGACAGUUUCUGUAUCAUAUUACAACAGACCUAAUUUAACUUUGAUAACUUCAGAUCAGCAAGUUUUAAAGCAACAUCUGGAAGAGAACGAUUUGUUUGUGCAUCUUAAGCCAUUGUGUCAAAAUUGUGGCAACCAAAUAAAAUUAAAUUUAGAAGGUGUCAAACCUUUUGUUAUAGACUAUGAUAUUAAAUUACCAACAGGUAAAGUUGAAUCCAGAUCCAUGACUGUCAAUGAUCAUAACAUUACUAUCAAUUUACCUACCAAAUAUAGUGGCAAGUAUGAGCACCGUUUUAAGGGGAUUUAUGAUAAGUUAUAUACCCGUGAGAAGGUGUCAAGGAUUUCAAAGAAGGAUGAUAUAUUGCCUUGUGUCAGAUACGAUAUCAACCCAUCUCCUAAGGCAACUUUUGAAAAAGAUCAAUUUCUUCAAGUUUGUGAGACUAACUUAAGACUUGAUGAACCAUUUUCAAAGAUUCCUAUUAGCUUUGUGGGUGAAUAUCCUUUUAAGAUUAAUGCUUCUCUAAAACAUGAAGCUACAGGAGAAACUGAGACAUUUAUCUUAGAUAAUAUAGUUGAUCCACAAUUGAAUUUGGGUGAAGCUAAAAUUAGUGGAAAGGAUUAUUUUUUGUAUGAAGCAAUGAAUGUUGGAGAACAUACGUUAACAAUAAACGAGUUGACCGAUGCAAAUGGCUGUACUGAGAAGGAAUUUUCUCAAUUGAAUAAUUAUGUUAUUUCUAUCACAGAAGUUCCAAAUAUCUCUAAGAUACAAAAGAGACCACAUUAUUGUGUAGGGGAUCACAUUCUAUAUAAUAUGUCUGGUAUCCCCCCAUUUAUGGUCUAUUAUAGAUUUAAUGACAAGUUGCAAAAAGCCGAGCUGGGAAAUAGGUUCCAAAGGUUAGCUUCCAAAGCAGGUGAGCUUUCUAUCGAAGCCUUACUGGAUUCAUCUGCAAAUAAAUGUUUAGUUAACUUUACAAACUCACAGGAGAAGUUCGAGGAUUUAAAGUUGAAGGUAUAUGAACUUCCAUCUGUCGAGAUAAACCAAGGAAGUUACGUUGUGCAAGACAUUCAUGAAGGAGAGCAAACAGAGAUCAAAUUUAGUUUUUCUGGUGUACCCCCUUUCAAGCUCAUCUAUACGAGAACUCUGGAACAGGUUGAUCCAAAGUAUAAACAUAAGAAAACAGGCCGCAAAGAUAAACACAAUAAGGUUAUUGUCGAAACAAAGACUAUUGAUGAUAUAUGGGAUUACGAGUACACUGACAUGGUAAGCCUCGAAGGUACAUAUGAAGCGAUUGAAGUUCAUGAUGCUUAUUGUGUAGCUAAAAGAGAUGUGAAUUAUUAA